CUCUGUGGUUCAUUCAACUCAUCCAACUCAUCCAACUCCUCCAACUCCUCAGAGCCUUUUGCAAUUCUUUGAUACGUGCCAAACCAAGAGCAAAGAAAAACAAGGGUUUCCUUUAUUACAAACACAAAAAACAAUCAUCAUCCAUUUUUUUCAUACACAAUGAAAGGAGACGGGAAGAACAAGAAGUGCCUAGCAUAUGUUGCUAUUUUCAUUGUGUUUCAGAUCAUAGUUAUCACAGCCUUUGCACUUACCGUGAUGAAAGUCAAGGGUCCAAAAGUCAGAUUUAGCACAAUUGUUACAGAAAAUUUCAGCUCUCCAGCCGCCAACUCUCCAUCUUUGAGUUUGAAUUUGGUAACCAAAUUUGCAGUGAAGAACACAAACUUUGGUCAUUUCAAAUAUCAAAACAGCACUGUCACAAUCUACUACGGUGGACAGGCAAUUGGUACUGCUGAUAUUCCUCAGGGAAAAGCCAAAGCUCGAUCGACUCGGAGAACCGAUGUUAUCAUUAGCAUUAACACCGACAAGCUUUCAGGAUCCACAAACCUUGGCAAUGACAUCAACUCAGGUGUUGUGCCUCUGACUAGUGAGGCUACCUUGAAGGGAAAGGUUGAAUUGAUGAAGAUUAUCAAGAAGAACAAGUCUGGCAAAAUGAGCUGCAGCAUGUCAGUUAAUUUGAAAAACCGUGAUAUCCAGGAUUUGAAGUGCAAAUGAACAAAAUUUUAUGUGGUUUUGGUUAUUUUCGUUCAUUGUGAUAUAUUUAUUUUUCCUGGGAGGACUUCAUUAAGUCUCUCUCUUUGUUUUUGUGUUUUUUUUUCAGCUUUUGGGUGUUACACCUGUUUUUUGUAAUGCCUUUCGGAUUGUUGAGUUAUGUCGAUUAUAUAUAUACAUUCUUUUAUAUUCGUAUUCA